UUAACUUGACUGGUUCUCUGUUCAUGGUUUAGGGCAGCUGAAACUGGUUCCGCAGGAAGUUCUCGUUAGGAAUAAUCAGAAAACCAUAAUUAGGGCGUUGGAUUUGAUAACAGCAUUUUAAACUGAUGAGUCGGCAGGAUGGAGUCAAGAGGAGGAGGAGGGGGUAGCAGCAAAGGAGAGGGGGAGGAGCAGAGAGAGGGGGAGGAGCAGAGAGAGGGGGAGGAGGAGGAGGAGAGAGGAGAGAGGGUGGAGAGAGAGGAAGGAGGAGUUGAGCAGAGAAAGAGGAGGAGACAACGAGAGGGAGGAAAGAGAAGGAGGAGGAGAGGAGGGAUGCUCGGUGUUCCACAGGUGUAGAGAGAGUUCAUCGUGAUGUUCCAAAGCAUCCUGUCUGAAGGGAACUUUACACAAAGAGACACAAGUCGACAGGAGUCAAAACGCCCACACCUGCAUCUGUGACACACACACACGCACAAACACACACAAACGUGCACACACACAAGCACAAACACACGCACACACAUACACACACAUACACACACACCCACACACCACACACACACUCACAACCACACUCACAAUCACACACACACACACAAACACACACACACACACACACACACACACAAACACUCCCACACUCACUCGCCUGGCGUGGUCAUGUCUUCGGACACGCCCAUCAGGACGGAGCAGGAGGAGCUUCAGGGGAGAGCCAAUCAGGUGACAGAUGAGUCCCUGGAGAGCACCAGACGAAUGAUGCUGUUGGUAGAGGAGAGUAAAGAUGCUGGAAUCAGAGCUCUGGUGAUGCUGGAUGAACAAGGAGAGCAGCUGGAGCGUAUCGAGGAGGGUCUGGACCAGAUCAACUCCGACAUGAAGGAGGCUGAGAAGAACCUCACCGACCUGGGCCAGUGCUGCGGCCUCUGCUCCUGUGACAAGCUGAAAGCGUUUGAGGAGAGUGGGGCGUACAAGGCGGUGUGGGGGGGCGGGGCUUCGGACGGGGUCCUGUCCAAUCAGCCAUCGUCGCGUGUCAUAGACGAGAGAGAACAGAUGAUCAUGAGUGGAGGAUACAUACGGAGGGUGACGGGGGACGCUCGGGAGGUGGAGAUGGAGGAGAACCUGACCCAGGUGGGCAGCAUCAUCGGGAACCUGAAGAGCAUGGCGCUGGACAUGGGCAACGAGAUCGACACGCAGACCGGCCAGAUCGACCGCAUCCAGGGCAAGGCCGUCCUCAACGUCUCCAGGAUCGAGUCAGCCAACCAGAAGGCCAACAGCCUGAUGAAGCGAUGAAGCUUCUCUAUUGUUCUCUAGAACGUUCUGUUCGUUUCUCGGUUCCAUGCCUACGCCCUCCCCUGCUGAACCCAUCUCCCGAAACACUGAUCUAUCGGGGCUGUUCUGUAGUUCUCUGGACGUUCUAGGGAGAUACUCUGAACUGUGGUACAAUAUACUCUGAUCAAUACUAUGCCUGCUCAAUGGAUUAUGAAUUAUUCGUUUCACUCUCAAAAUAUCAAGGAUCAAGGCCGCUCGGUAGACAAUGGUGGCCUGUGUAGCUAUAGUUCAGCAGAAAAUAAAUGGAUCGCCAGUACUUUUUUAUUAGUGCAGAACGACAGCGGCCCCUAGCGGAUCGACCCGGGACCGCAUGUUCCUCUCCUGAAGGUCUCCCCUGAAACCUCACUGGCGGCUCUUCUACAUCCAACACUUCGACCCUGGAUCUGAGUUAGAUCUGUUUGCAUAUGAGUCGUUUAUAUACAUAUACAUGUAUGAUGUGUGUGUAUUUUUAUGAUGUGUUAUGGAUCUAUGUUCUUUACUCAUCCUGUACUCAUAGCUAACACAUUACAGAACCUCCUCCCUGACCACCUUGGCCUGGUUCCUGCGUGAACGUUCAUGUGAUGACUUGCUCAAGUCAUUCAUUCAUUGAUCAUUAAAACGUCUUGGUUUGUA